AUGGUGGUUAAAGAAUUGGAAGAGGAAGUCCCCACAUAUGAGGAGGAUGUUGAGAGUUUUGAGGAUAUACAAGAAGCGUAUGAUCAAGUGUAUGAGAAAUUCCUCAAAAAACAAAAGAGAGUGGUUGUCUUGAGUGGUGGAGUAAACACUAGUGAAGAAGACUACAAAGCACUACAUGUGGACUUAAUGAAGUCCAAGGCCCAUGUUCGUGGGCUUGAGGAAGAGAAGAUGUCUCUUCUAGAUAUAGCUAUAGUGCACAAGGUUCCUUCUACUCCCAAGAUCAAAGUUGAUCUACAUACUUUUGAAGAGAAGAGAGUUAGUCAUCCAUACAUUCUCCAACAAAACCUGAAUUUUUGGAAGGAAAAACAAGUUUGGGUGACUAUGGAGAACUUGAAGAGGCUUACCAUCAUAAUUAAGUUGGAUGCCUCGAGUGCUUCCGACAACGUUGACUCAUCUAAAAAUUAG